GUUGCUCAAUCUUGUGAUUUAAGUCCAUCUUUUUUUUAGACCCUCAGGGAUGGGUGUCUAUCUUUUUUUUUUUCUUUCGAAACCUCGCUCGAACUGGCGAUAAAAACUCUGUUCUUUAAUGGUCUCAAAUCUGCUCCUGAACCGCUCAACCUGACUCCCGUUCGUUCCGCCUGUUCCGAUCCUCUCCCUCAGCGGUCUCAACAUUAGUCAAUAGGGAAAAGCUGAAGCCCAGCCCUCAGUUGAUUCGAUCGGUUCCGGAUCUCGGGUUGUUUUUUCUUUCACUGGAAAAUUGGCAAAGUAAUCUGCAUUGCAUUCUAAUAUAUUGAUAUAAGGGAUCAGCAUCACCUCAAAUGGCUGACGGUGUAGGACUCAAGAAGUACGGGGUCCCAAUUUACGGGGCUGCAUGGGUCCCGUCCAGGGCCAUCACAUCCGCUCCUGAACCAAAGCCGAAGGAAGAUGGAGACAGUAUGGUCCCUGCUGACAAGUUGUCUUCACUCACUGCUGACAACUAUAUUGUCCUUGCUGGAGGUGGCGGUGAAGGGCGUAGCGGCGUCCCAAAUGCUAUCCUCCUUGUUCAUUUCGACUCUGACUCCCACAUUCUAUCCAACCAACCAGUAGCAAGGCUUGGAACUGGUACUGAUGUGCCUUACAGGAUGGCGGUUCACCCUGGAGGAGAAGGUCUUAUUUGUUCUUUACCCAAAAGUUGCAGGUGGUUUGAGUGGGAUGCAAGCAAUACCACAGAUGAUGGUGCUUUAGCUCUAAAAUCGUCUCAGAGAGUUCUUAAGAAUUUGGAAGACAUUGAGCUGCAACUAGCACUAACAUUUAACAAUGAGGGUUCCCUACUUGCUGUUGGUGGUGAGAACAGGAUGGCAAGCUUAAAGUUUUCAAAUGGCCAAGCAUGGAGAUUAUUAUUGAUGACCCCAAGGAUAGUUCUUCUGUAAAAGAUUUAGAUUUCAGCCCUGAUGGAAAAUUUCUCGUAUCUCUCGAAAGUGGCUGUUGUAGGGUCUGGAAUGUCUCAACAUUAACAUUGGUGGCUUCUUUACCGAAGAAAAAUGAUGAGAUGUUUGGAUUUUGUAGGUUCUCGCGAAGCAGUAAGAACCAGACCAUCUACGUCACUGCUUCACAGGGAAAAGGAGGAAGUAUUGUAAUGUGGAACACCACUACAUGGAAGAGGAUGAACUCAAAGCUGGUUGUCUCUCUCCCGAUUUCAGCAUUUGAUGUUUCAGCUGAUGGGAAGCUCCUAGCAGUUGGGACCACUGAAGGCGAGGUUCGAGUCUUGAGUUCUGAAAAUAUGCGAGUGCUGAUGACGGUUAAGAAAGCACAUAUGGGUAUACCAACCAAAGUAGCAUUCUCUGAUGAUUCAAGGGCUUUGCUAUCUGCGUCAAUGGAUUCAAGUGCAAGGGUGACACUUAUCAAGGACAAUCACAGUAAAAAUGGAGGGUUCAAUUUCUGGAUGAUACUUUUUGUCAUUUUAUUGGCAAUAGCUGUGUACUAUGCAACGCAGGAAGGGAAGCUUUCAUGGCAGCACAACUUCCCAUUCAAGUUCUAGAAUAAAAGUUCACUGCCGUCGCUACAUUUUGAUAAUUUUCUGCUAUCGCCCUUUGUUAUAGACAAUAGUUGAGGUUGCCCCUCUUAGAAAUAGAUUAAUAAAUUACGCACUUAAUAGUGUAAUGUACCCUGGAGACCGUGAUGUGCUUAGAUAAUACAAGUAACAGUUCCUGUCUUUUCCGUUUGGUGUCAAGAUUCAAGAAGGCUUUCCCAAAUAACAGAGACCCAUAGAAAAAAUCUCGUACUUCGUUCUUUAUGUGGAUAUAUGCCUAUUCAC